AUGGCCUCCCCUGAACAACUCAAAAUUUGGAAGAACAAGCAACCCAGACCAAACUGGAAAGGGUCAAGUCGAGUCAGCAGCUUUGAGCUACCACCCAGUGAAGCUUGCAGCAGAAGUUUUGGAAGUUGGAAGAAGGAUGAUGGGUGGCUAAACCUUAUCGCCAGCUCAUGGCGCCAUAGAAUUAAAUCCCGGAUCUGCAUACACUUAUGCAAUGCGAGGGAGAGCCCGGGGUUUGGGGAAGCGGGGUUGCGCGCCGCGCGGAAGCUGAGAUAUGAAGUUCAAAAGCCACCCGCGAAAGGCAGAAAACAAGCAUCAGCGGCUAACACCUGUUGUCAUAUUGAGGCAAGUUAG